AUGACCACUGACUCAGUAGUCCCGGGCCGAGACUUGGAAGCCGAAGCUCAAGUCUAUGUAAAGACAAUGGUAGAAAAUGUCAAGGCAGCAAAAGCCUUGUGCCCUUUAGACACGCCCGAAAAGACCGACCAGGUCGUCCCAUUUUGGGCCGGGUUUUACAAAGUCAUUGGCUUUACGACUCUCGAUAUUGAACUGGAAACAGCUGUUCUCUCUCAUCCAGAGAUCUUGAGUCUCAUGCCGGAUAUUAGAUACGUCAUGGGAGAGUGCGAGGGCGCCUUGGAAGUGACGUGGGCGGAGAGAGUUGCAGCUGCGAAAGACACGGCUGAGGCCUGGCAGAUCUAUACCACCACCCCCAUCCAUGAGUUCUAUGAAUAUGUCCUGAAAGCCGAGUGGUCGGGCCUCUUGUCCGUCAUGGACAAGGCCCCCGAGUCUAUCGCCAUUCUGGGAUCCGGUGCCAUGCCAGAGACAGCUGUUUGGGUGACCGGUUGGGCCAAGAAGCAUGCCAAAACUGUCAAAAUCCACAGCCUGGAGCUUCUUCCCGAUCGUCUGGAGAAGAGUAUAAAGGUCCUCGACAGACUUUGCGAGGAUACGCAGCACUGCACAUUUGAGGCGGGCGAUAUCAAAGACGCUCCUCAGGACCUCCGUGAGCAUGAUGUUGUUUACUUCAACGCCGCAGUUGGAUCAACGACAUUGGAGAAGGAGAAUAUCCUCCUUAGCGUGGUAUCUCGUAUGCGGUCGGGCGCGUUUGUGCUGACCCGAAGCACCCAUUCUAUCAAGACCAUGGCAUAUCCUCCGGCUAAGAUCCAAACUCAACGUCUGGUCAAGAGGCUGCGACCGGUCCUCACAUGCCAGCUGAAUGGCGAGACUGGGAAGAACGCGAACGCGAGUUUUAUCAUUUCCAGGGUAGUUUAGUAUACUUUGCACUCUCAGACUAUCUUGAAUAUUCUAUAAUUCAGAUUUUUUAGUCAUAUUCUCCAUUGAAUCUGAAUCGAUGUUGUAGCCUUAGCGAAUUCGGUCCUAUCUUAAAUGUUUCGGUCCCAGUAUUAGUCCAUUCACUGCAAAACGUGAAGUUAUCAGCCCAAUGCCGAUACAUACCUUACGUUUAUAUAUUACCAAAC